AUGACGCCCAGUACGGACAUCUCCACGAGUGAGAAAAGCCCUCACGCGGUCAAGCUGACAAGUCCAGAAAACAUCUUUACCAAAGUUACACAUCCGUUUCAGGAGAGUAAGCCUGAAAUAUCAAAGUCAACUAAAGGAUCGUUUAUACCAGGUCUUAUCGGAUCGUUUAUUUCGUUCGUGAGUAUCGUUUUGAUCGCAUCACUUGCUUACUGCAUCAGGAGGUUCAAAAUGAGCAUGGCUAGCAGGACCUUGAACGAUUAUGGUUAUGUAGAUGUGAUGAAUAUCGCAUCCUGUAAUGCUCUAUCAACUAAUUCGGCACCCCAAGGUUCAAGUUACGCCCCGCCCCCAUUGCCGGAUAGACCAAAUACAAACACUCUUGGACGUCAUAAGAUGGCAUUGGAAGAUAUGAAAGGUGGCGAGACAGAAGAGGUAAAUGAACAUGCUAGGAGAAACCCUACUUACCAAACACCCAAAACCGAUAAAGACUUUGACAAAGACGAGCGUCUCCUGACGGACGCAAGUCGACCAUCAGUGUAUGGAAAGGAGACAUCUGGCAAGGAAUUUUGUGAUGUCACAGAUGACUUGGCGAAAUCUUUCAGAAAUAAGGAAGAGAUUAAUACAUUGUCUCUUUACGGGGAUGAAAAUGUGGUGAAACAUGAGUACAUGGAUCUGAAAACAGCAUCGAAGAAGUCAAAAACAGAAGAUGUUGAUCUAAAUGGAUAUCUCCUACCAAGCAAAAGGUAUUUUGUACGAGAAUGCGUUGCAGCGGCAGAAGGACAAUCUUUCUCUAUGGAAGGAGUAUCGAACACAGGAAUUCCUCGCACUAAAGAUGGCAAGAAGCUGGCAUCAACGCAUGAAACGACACAUGGAUAUGAAAACUUUUCCCCAAAACCCGUCAUUGAGUAUGGUACAGAUCUCGAUGGGCCGUCUCCUUGA